AUGGUAAGGAUCUUUGUUGAUUGUGAAAUGAACGCAGAGUGCAUUGGAUGGUUAGAAGAUCUAAUAGAUGAAGAAGAUGGAUCGAAAGCAGUUGCAAGAAGCUUUAUAAUGGUAAUCCAGAAUGCAUUGGAAGCUAAAUUGAAAGAAAAGAUAGGUUAUCAUAGUUCUGAUGGUCAAUCGCUCUUGGAAAUUACCAAGAAAUUAAGAUCAUCGAUCGUACAAGAUUUGGAUCUUCUACGAGUGAACAACCAUGGGACGGACUUCCCAAAAGCAUUUCUUAAAGUAGUUUGGCACCAGCUAUUGGAAAAGCACAUGGUUCCUGGACCUAAGGACACUAUCAUAAGAUUGCCGAGUGUGACGCAAUUCGAGGAAGAGACAAUUCUAUCUUCUUACGUCAAAGAUGUUGAUUUAGAGAUAAUCGAGAAUAGUCCAGUAGGCGCUUUGCUAGAGCUGAAGGAUGGAAAGGGUUUAAAAGAUAUGAUAGACGGGAUUCUAUCGAAUAGGGAAAGUGAGCAAACAAAGUUUCUCAAAGAUUUAAAAUUAUCAGAGCAAUGCAGAAUGAAGAGCCUGUCGUAUGAAAUGAAUUUCUAUAUCAAUAUUGAAGAUAAACAGGGAAACCUUGAUUCAUGUAUAAGUCAAGAAUUUGAUAACAUUGGCUUAUCUGAUUCAGGCAAUAACAGUGAUAGUACAUUAUUCGAAACUGUACAUACUAGAUUGCCCCUUACGCUAAAACAUUUGAAAGAAGUGAAGGUAACAUUAUUACCUUCAGUUAAAUUUGACAAACAAUGGGAAAUGCUUCAUUAUGACUCCAAUUUAAAGGAAAAGAUGUACUCGCAUGGUAUUUCAUCGCUCAAGCUAAGCCACCUAUUAGAAAAAUGUAAAACGAAAAUCCGUAAGAAUAACUUAUUCUUGUUACAUGGACCGCCGGGAACUGGUAAGACUACAUUAUGCAAAUCAUUUUGCCAAAAACUUGCUUUACGGAAUUGUAAUUUGUUCGAUAGUGGCCAUUCUGGAAUCCUUGUGGAAGUGUCGUGUUCUCAAAUAUUUUCAAGGUGGUUCGGCGAGUCAACCAAAAAUUUGGAUGGUAUCUUUAACGAUAUAGAACGGCUAUUAAAGCAUGAACAAGCGUCCAAAAAAUUCGUUUGUUUACUAUUCGACGAGGUGGAAUCCUUAGCUAUUUCAAGGCAUCAAUUGUUGAAUACAAACGAGACGACAGAUUCUGUACGGGUUCUCAACUGCUUGAUGACGCAUUUAGAUAAUCUAAAAAAGUAUCCCAACUUCAUCUUAUUAUGCACGUCAAAUUUGAGAGAAAAUAUAGAUCCAGCGUUUUUAGAUAGGCUAGACGUCUCUUUUUAUGUGGGAUUCCCUUCUGUAACGGUGUGCCAGCAAAUCCUAACAAAUAUAACGCAAGAAAUGAUUAAUUCUGAAAUCAUAUUUCCGGAUGAGAACGAAUUUGAAAUGGAAACUAUCAUAAAGAAAUUGGCAGUUUUCUCCAAUGCUUGUAAGAUAAGUGGAAGAACCCUUUCAAAGGUACCUUUGAGCUGCCUAUCAGAAAACUUCACGGAUGUACCUAUUCCACUGACACAAUACCUUCUUGCACUAAAUGCCACUCUUAGAAAACAUCACCGUCAACUUAAUACGCCCACCGAGCAUUUCUCAUAA